AUGGGACCUAGAAGUAGCUAUUACACUGGUCCGCCUGGCCCAGGAAGCGCUUUUGGAACUGCACCUGCUGGAGUGAUUGGGAGAGACAGACCAAGAGAAGUUAUCAGGGUGGAGCGGGACUACACAUUGGGAGAGCUGUGCCAAUUUCAUCCAACUUUUCCCUUGGAGCUGGAAGGUCGCAUAGCACCUGUGCAGUUUGGCGAGACCAUAAACGAUCUCAACGAAAUCCUGAUCAGAGCUCACAAUUCCGGAUGGGCAGCCUUCGACAAUGUGUUGGCUGUGCUGACACUCUGGAUCAGUCCUUUGGUGGUAGGAAGCAAGUACAACAGGGAAAUGAAGGAGCUGCGUUCACUUCUGGACCGAGUCAACAAGCAGCUCUUCAACCCGGCAGGCUUGAAUGUUAGAGAUCCAGCCGAGGCCGCUUUUUUGUUCCUCGAGGUACGUGCCGUCCCACGUCGAGGGUACAGCCAGUGUCCUGCCAUCGCUCACCUCUAUGCUUUCGCAUGA